AGAAAUCGUGAUCUGCUUCGAUAUACCUUAACAACACACUCAUUCAUCUACUAUUUGAUUCAUUCUUCAUUCCUAGACUUAUCUUGUCUGGUUCUAUGAGACACUUCUCUCAGUCUUCACUCAUAUUGAUUCUAAGCGUAUUGGCAUUCCAAGCGUAAAGGCAAUGGUAGACGUAGUCACAUUAUGUAGUUAUAACUUAUACAAGUUCCCCUUGCAUGUAAAACAUUCACAUUCAUCAAUUAUCUAGUACUAAUAAAUAUCCUCACAUCAUCAACAAUACCAAAUAAUACAUCACACACAAGAAGCACACAAUGAUGGUACUUAUCCUGCAAAGUAGUGCGAAAAUACUAGCCGUUCGCAAGCGCUGAUUUGACAUCGAUGAUUAGAGAUUGAUGCAAUUAGGGCCGCUUUUUUACUAGAUCGAUACUCUACUUGUGUGUACAUGAUGAUGACGCACUAGUAAAAGCUUCUACUUCUGGCGUGCUUGUUCUUCCAAGAAUUAAUAGCUGGGCUCUUCGAUAGAUAAAGGUCCGUUCGAUUGUUCGCCUGAAAACUCGUAGUACAUGUCUGAAUUCAUUAUGAAGUAGACCACUGCUACUAAGUGGACAAAACAACUACAUAAUCUUCAUACAGGGACAGGACCACGACACCUCUUCAUUUGUAUAGGAAAGGACCGCGCAUUUAGAACAUACGCAUGCUGCUCUUUGAAAAGUAUAUUAGACUGGUUUUACUUCGUAUAAUCUAGGGAUACGAUUGCGAAUAAAACAAAAAGACCGAGGACAACAUGACACAUUAUUAUUACCUACGAGGAGAAAGAC